AUGGCGACAACGCGCAGCGGCACGACCGCCGGCGGGGCUGGAAACGGCAGCCGGUCUCAACUCUCCGUCGUGGUACCUGCAUAUAAUGAGACGGAUAAUAUUCAGCCUCUUUGUGAGCGCCUGUUCAAGGCCACUAAGGAAGCCGGGAUCGAGGCCGAGCUUUUGAUCAUGGAUGAUGAGAGCCCUGGUUCCGAAGCCACCAAGGUCGUGGUUGAGAAGUUGCGCGCAGACUAUCCGAUCCGCGUGCAUUGCCGCCGCCGCUCUGAGGGCCGUGGCCUGAGCUCUGCCGUUUUGCUUGGCUUUGACAUGGCCAAGUACGAGAACAUCCUGUGCAUGGAUGCUGAUUUGCAACACGAGCCCGAGGCCGUGCCGGCCGUCGCAGAUCCCGUCAUGUCGGGCGCAGCCGAGUUUUCCGUCGGCUCUCGCCAUGUUGGGGGUGGCGGUCUGGUUCUGGCCCGUGGUCGCCAACGCUGCAAUCCCAUUGGCUUUAAGAUUGGCCUCGAAAUCAUGGCCCGCUGCCGUUGCGCCUCGGUCCAGGAUGUGGGCAUUACUUUUCGCGAGCGUGUGGCUGGUGAAUCCAAGCUCACGAUGAAGCAGAACGUGCAAUAUCUCGAACAGCUGGCCAUGCUCUACUGGGAUCGCUAUGCUCCGAUCCUGGUGUUGCUACUGGUGGCCAUUCUCGUGGUUCUCUACCUCCUCGCCAACGCCCUUUUCUUCUAG